GGCCAUUUUGCCGAUCGUGCAUCAAUCAUGGCGGUGAAUCAGUUAUAGAUUCCUCUCAAUCCCACGAUUCAGAGGAUUACAUUUAAUCGGAUGUUGGAUGUCUUCUCGGCCCACUCUCGGGCCUUGAUUCCAAAUUGUGGGCCAGCCCAACAUCGAAUGGGUCGUUCCUAUUUGGGCCAUCGACUCAGAUAUCCAUCAACUUCUAUGGUGAAGCCGACGCAGCAGCCAGCAGCCAUGGUCACGCAUGUUGAAAAGGUGAAAGUCGAGGAAGGAGAGCCCCGCGACAGGUCCAACGCGCUAUCCCGAAAGAUUGACCGGUUGGCGCGCAUCAUUGAGUUCACCGAGUUCGCUCAGCAACCUGACGCGGUUCGCCGAAUAGUUCGUUCCCAGUACUCCUCGAUUCAAAACAUCAUCAACGAGAGAAGCUAUGACAUUGGGAACUCUGAAUCAGAUAGGUUCAAGAAAAUCUUGGGCGACGUUGAAGGCUUGUUUCGGAGUGUGGCAAGGCCACGUGAACAGGUGGCGGAUGCAGAAACGGUGCUUGGACUUACCGGCACAUUGGUGGAUUCUGUCAAGUCUCAUCUUAAGGGAAGUGUUACACCAGCAGAAUUCGUGUCCUGUUUUCUUAAAAACUAUGGGAAAAAAGGGGGAAGUCGUAAGAAUGCAGGGCAUGAACUACCCUGGAAAGAAAUUGGGUGUGUUGUUUCACCUGUUUUCAUGGAUGGUUCUGGUUGCAAGACAAUGCUUGGGCCGAUGAAUUAUAAGAUUAAGCUUGAACAAGUGGAUUAUAAGAUCAAGCCUGAAGCAUUGAAUUAUGUUAUCAACCUAAGAGGGAUCAGAAAUCUGAGAAAUGAGAUUAAGAGGGCAAGACGUAAUGCAUAUGCUUGCCCAACAAAGAUCUCCGAUAGCACUCCUGAGUGGAAAUCUAAUACUGAAAGGAAUGUUUUCUUAAUGUUUGAGGUCCUUGAAAAGAAGAAAAGUGUUAAGCUUGAAAAUCUUGUCCUGAACAAAAUUUCCUAUGCUCAGACCAUUGAAAACAUAUUUGCGCUUUCCUUCCUGGUUAAAGAUGGCAGGGUUGCUAUAAGCCUGGCAGAAAAUGGCUCCCAUUUCGUCUCUACAAGGGAUCCAGGAGCUUGUCCGGUUCCUCCCAGCAAUGUGGUUAACCAAACUUCUAUCUUCAGAUUAGAUUACAUAGAUUGGAAGAUGAUGUUAGAUUUUGUGCCUGAAGGUGAAGAGCUGCUGAUGCCACACAGGGUUUCCUAGAGGACUGAGUACCCAUUACAAGUGCCACCAACACUUUUUGUCUGUAAAAUAUAACUCAUUUGUCGGGAACCCGACAAUGUAUAGCGUUUUUUGUGUUGUAAGUUGAUGCAUCUUUGUUUUUGGGCACCUGCUGCUGAAGCUGCCGCCAUCCAGUUCUCAAGCCGCUGAUGUUUUUUGUAAGUAAGCUUUAUUUGCUGAAUGAAUGGAGGUGGUUGGGUUUUUUGCACUCUCUCAGCAGAGUAUGAGAUGCUAUGUAAAUUUAGGGAUGCUGCUAUGUAAAUUUUG